AUGUACCUCUCAACCCUAUUUUCUGUCUGCCUUCUCAACAUUGGUCACGUGACCUAUGGAUGGGGCUGGUUUAGAAAACCAUCACCAAAACCCCCAGUUCAUGUAACCUCGAGCAAUCUUUAUGGUUGUUACGUGGACCAGUGGAGUAGAACUCUUAAUGGCGGAAUGACAAAGUCAAACAGUAUGACAGUCAGCAAAUGCCUCGACCGAUGCAAAAGGGAGAACAAGAAGUAUUAUGGUUUAGAGGUUGGUGUUGAAUGUUUCUGUGGAAAUUACUUGACAAAGUCACAUAAGAAAUCCACCAGUGAUUGUAAGAUGGCGUGCAAGGGCAAAAACAACGAAGCCUGCGGGAACCACUGGAGAGUACUGAUUUAUAAGAACCCUUACUACUCAUCAAUCAUUGUGAAAUCAGGAUACGUGGGUUGUUACCAAGACCAAUGGAGUCGCACUUUGAAUGGAAAGAAAACUACAUCCAGUAGGAUGACAGUAGACAAGUGUCGGAACAUUUGUACCAACGAAAACACUUAUUACUACGGCGUGGAGAACGCCAAUGAAUGUUUCUGCGGGAACCGUUUGACACGAAGCGUAAAGAAGAACGACCAUGACUGCUUGAAGCAAUGUCGUGGGAACAGCAGACAGGGAUGUGGAGGGGCCUGGAGGGUCGCCAUUUACAGGAACUAUAACUACAAACAGACAAGAGUGCAGACCUCAGGUCUGGUGGGCUGCUACAAGGACCAACGCGACAGGGUCUUGACCGGUGGCAGAACCAAGUCUUCAUCCAUGACGCUGUCUGUUUGUCGUUCUCGAUGCCAAAGAGAAAACAAAAAGUACUAUGGAUUAGAAGUUGGCGAGGAGUGUUUCUGUGGUAAUUACCUGAAACACAACCACAAGCGGUCAUCCUCAGAAUGUCUGAGACCGUGUAAAGGAAACAAAGCCGAGGGCUGCGGCGGCAACUGGAGAAUAGUCAUCUAUAGGAAUUACAAUUACAAAAGUAUGUAGAUAAAAAUGUU